AUGGAACUCGAAAGUAUGAACUCUUCAGAAAGUGAUGAAGACUCAUGUGAGAGCCACAACAGUUCACUUGAAGACGAGGGACGAACGAUGAAUGCCAAGGUUCUCUUCUCAUCCACCAAGCAGAUGGCCACCGAAGACCUCCCCAAGUUUACCAUAGACGCAGCCGGAUUUGAGGUCCACUUUGGUGAUCAAACGAUGAUGUUCCAACACCCUAAGUCGCGUGCUCUUCAAUACGAGUGUGGCACCGAAGGUUCAAAAAGACGCCUGACUAUUUACGACGCGCAAUUGAUGCUUGAUCCUGCCGUCGAAGUUGACUUCGUCCUCGAAACUGGUCCGUCGGGCAACACCAUCGUUGCCGAGGAGGACUUGAUAGAGAAGCUCAAACAACAUCAAUACCGACUCCUGGAGCAG